UUUUGCUUUCACUGACGGAGUAGCAUAUUAGCAGCCCACUAGCACUUGACUGCACAUUCAGAAACCAUCGAGGCAAAGUGCUCAUUAUAUUAGACAAUGGGGCACUGCUCUUCAGCUAUAUAAACCUGGAUAUACAACGUUUCGAUGCAGUGUUCAAGGAAUGGAAAGGCUAGAGAUGAUCAGGGGAAGAAGCAAGAAGAUGACUUCCAAGAUAAGAGGCAGGACUUCAGUGCUUGUUCUUCUGCUCAUUGUUGUAUCAGUGCUUUUGGUAUGCGCCGAAGCACAUAGAGAGAAAGAGGUUUUCGCAGGAGGAAAGGAACAAGCGAAUGAAAAGGCUCACAAGGUGCAUCCCGGUGCUGCAUCUGAAAAGCGAGCAAUUGGUUCUAGAGACAUGGUUAAGACAAACGAUUACGGACGCUACGACCCGAGUCCGGCAUUUUCCAAGCCUCGCUUCAAGCUUAUACCCAACUGAAUGACUGACUGCUAGUUUGCUUUGUGUAGUCACGUACUGAGCGACGUGAAACUUAUUAACAAUAAUAAUACUACUACAUAGAUAGAUGACAUAUGUGGAGUGAUGUUAUGUGCUUGUGAAAAGUAUAUAUAUAGAAUGUGUACUAGAAAUCUAGAAUAUAGGUAAAAUGUGUACUAGAAAUCUAGAAUAUAGGUAACUUGUGUAAUAUCGAUGGCCUCGACGCCUCUACUGAAUGUACUCUGCUUGUUCUAGUGUUAUACAGUAGUCAGUGCUUCGGUUUGGUGAAA